AUGGCCUCGGCCGUCGCAAAUGGAGACACGCAAAAGCCCAAGCCCAGCGCACUGCGGUCCAUUAUAGCUGGUUCGACAGCUGGGGCAAUUGAAAUCGCUAUAACUUAUCCUUUUGAUCUCCUCAAGACCCGAUCACAACUAAACCGCCGAUUACCGGACUCGCAGAAACUACCGUGGCCUCCGUUUCCGUCGAGAGAAUGGUACACUGGAUGCACCACGGCAAUUGUAGGAAAUGCGGUCAAGGCAGGGGUGCGUUUCGUCGCCUUUGAUACGUACAAACAUCUCUUGUCAGACGAGGAUGGACACAUAACUGGACCUCGAACCGUGGCCGCUGGAUUUGGAGCAGGUAUCACAGAAUCUUUACUGGCGGUAACGCCGUCAGAAUCCGUCAAGACACAACUGGUGGACGACCGCAAGAGAGCACAACCACGAAUGCGAGGGUUCCUUCAUGGGUCCGUGGUCAUUGCUAGGGAGAAAGGUGUGAGAGGUUUCUUCCAAGGGUUUGUCCCGACAACGGCCAGACAAGCCGCGAACAGCGCGGUCCGAUUCAGCACAUACACCAGUCUCAAACAGUUCGCCGAAGGUUAUGUCGCGCCGGGAGAAAAACUGGGAUCGAUCACCACUUUUGGACUCGGCGGCAUCGCUGGUAUCGUGACGGUAUAUGCCACCAUGCCCCUCGAUACUAUCAAGACACGAAUGCAAAGCUUAGAAGCAAAGACAAAUUACAAGAACAGCUUCCGCUGUGCGGCGACCAUUUACAAGAACGAAGGAAUCCUGACAUUUUGGUCUGGUGCAUUACCUCGACUCGGCCGUCUAACAUUGAGUGGCGGUAUUGUUUUUACAAUGUACGAAAAAACGAUGGAGCUGUUAGACCUGGUAGAUCCGCAGAGAACGCUCAUUUGA